AUGAAUGUAUUUAAAGUAUGGAUGAGAUGGCGACCUCUCAACCCAAGCGAGGCCGAAACGGGAGAAAUCCAGCGGGAAUAUGGCCAGCAUCCCAACAAUCCACAGUCAUGCAUCUCCAUUACUUCACCUUUACAAGCUAAAGCGCUUUCUACCCGAGAAAAAUCCUGGAAGAGUGGAUUCUCAUUUGAUGGAAUCAUUGAAUGUGAUGAUAACAACCACUUGGUAUUCAACCGCGUCGUUGCACCAAUCAUCCCAGAGGUUCUGGAGGGCAAGUCUUGCAACUUUUUUGCAUACGGCCACUCAGGCAGCGGCAAAUCCCAUACCAUGAUUGGCUACGAUUUUGAGCAUGCCGAUGAGUUCGGGCUUUGUUUAGCUGCUGCACGUCAACUGAACAUUGCGCUAGAAGACAUCAAUGUGGAGGACAGCAAGCAUGAAUUCGGCAUUGGGCUCCGUGUAUUCGAAUUACGGAAGAAUAUCGCGUUCGAUCUUCUCAAUGAGCGGAAUGAGUGCUUUGUCCGCGAGGGAUCCGAUGGCCGGGUCUACAUCCGUGGCGAAACAGAAAUGCUGGAAAAUGGAAAAGUGAGAGUCCGACCAAUCGCUACGAAGGCGUGUUGGAGCUUUGAAGAGCUGCACCGGGAGCUACAAAAAGGCUUGAAACAUCGCAAGACUGCGACAUCGACAGUGCACGAUCAAAGCUCACGCACGCAUGCCGUGAUUGAACUAGAAAUCAUCACCAAGGAUCUUCUCAAUGCGCGUGAUCAUGUGGUUGAGCGGCAAUCUGAGCUUGUUCCUGUGGGGAAACAUGCAACUGAUGUUUAUAUCGAAGAACAAUAUCGCGCGAUUGUCCAGACUGAAGAGGGGAAAUUCGUUCCAAAUCCUGAUUAUCAAGUGGAUCAAGCACGCGUCGAUGCCGCAGAAGCAAAAAAAGCCGAGUUUGAAUCUCGCGUGAAAGAAGCAGAAGAGCAUGAGUCUGAAGUUUUUGCAACUACCGCUCAAACACAUCGAUGUAUUGGUGGGAAACUUGUGUUCGUAGAUCUGGCCGGCGCUGAGUUCCUUUCCAGCACGACUGGGUCUGCGCUCAAACAAACCCCUCAAGAGAAGCAAGAAGGGAGGCAGAUAAAUACUGACCUUCUCGCGUUGAAAGAAGUAAUUCGAGCCCGAUCGAGCAAGAAAUCUCGUAUCCCAUACCGUUCCUCUCCAUUGACUAUGGUGCUGCGGGAGCACUUCGAGGCAUCAACCGAUACCCAUUCGGCCAUGAUCUUGACUGUCUCACCAGAGGCCAGUCAAUAUACUGCAACGACAAAUACACUAAAAUAUGGAGAUCUGGUUGGCUUGGCAAAUGGACAUAAGAAAUAG